AUGGUUCACUCAAUCAUUACCAAGGUACAGAACAGUGAGAUUGACAUCUUGUCAUUGAAGGACAUCCCGGACGACUUCUACGAGGACGUUGACGAGUUGGUCAAUGCGCUUUCCUCCAAUACUUCGAUUCACACCGUCAAGUUCACAGAUGACUUUCUUGGCUGCGCCUACGGAAAAGACCGAUGCACCCUCCUCGAGGCCGUCAGCAAGCUGCCAAACCUCCAAGUUGUCACGUUGGCAAACUCGCUCCUGAGGGCGACAGCUUUGACGACACUGGUCAAGAAUGCCAAGGGUUUGAAGGUGUUGCAUUUGAAGGAAAUCGUCGUCCAAGGUCUGGACAGGGACAUUGAUGCUUUGGAGGCUGCCUUGUACCAGCAUGCAUUCCUGAAGGAUUUCAGCAUGAUGGAUUGCAAGUCACCCCUAGAAGGAGUCGAUUUGGACAGGGUUUCUCGUGCUGGUACUGCACCUCGAGGAUCGGGAGGCAAUCCUGCCGUUGAUGUGGGCGCAGUGAGCGACAACAGCAGUGCCAUUGCAGCCUAG